UGGAGCCUCUCUACGUGCUGACAUGGUGACCGUGUGCAGGCAGGCCACAGGCAACCACUGCCCAACUGGAAUUCCGAGCUACAGAUUGGCCGACAAGGUCAAGGCAGAAGGUCCAAAGGCUGGGGAAGCUCCUAGAAGGCAGCCACUUGGGAGAGCCAUUUGUUUGCAAGAGACUAAUCCAGCACUGCCCUUGAGAAGGAGUUCCUCAAGAAGCCCCCACAACCCCAUGCUGGAAGCGAGAGUGGACAUGCUGGGCUCCAGCAUGACCAUCAGUGGCCCAGCUGCAGACCUUGGUGCUAAAGAGGCCAGCAGGCCCUUCAAGAAGCAGCUUGGUUGUGUCCAGAACCCUGGACAAUCCACCCGAGCCAGAGCUCAGCCCCAGCCCCUCAGCAUAAAGGACAAGAUAUCCAAGUGGGAAGGCAAGAAGGAGCCACCCGCUUCUGAGCCUGCCCAGCCAACAGAUGGCCAGGAGAACUCCCUGCCACCUUGCAGGAUAGAGAGGAGAGGCAGCGAGAUCACCAGAACUAAAAAUGGACUGAGACUCGAAAUGGAGAGCUUGGAAAGUGACAGCUUGACAGCAAGAACUGUGUGUCAGGACACAGAGCGGUGCCCAGGCCUGAGGCAGAUAGAAGCACAGCCAGAGCCCAGCCAGCACCGAGGUCGAGAGCUGAAACCCAGUGACCUGCGCUUUCAGAGUAACCAUCUCUCCGUGCUGAGACAGGUCAAGAGACUAGAGAAGGCCCUGAAGGACGGCUCCGCUGGCUUGGACCCCCAGUUGCCAGGCACUUGUUAUUCCCCCCACUGUCUACCUGACAAGACAGAGGAGGACCAAUCCAGUUCCCAAAGCCAUGAAAGUGGGGGUGCUUUAGCAGCUAGCCGGAGGACCCACAGCAUGGAGGUCAGGGAGCCAAGCCCUGAGAUUUCAGAGGAGUGGAAAGGCCAGGAGAGUGUGUACAGGGGCUCCCGGUGUAACCCCCCAAAGCCUUUCAUCAACCCCCUCCCGAAACCCCGCAGAACAUUCCAACAUGCUGGAGAAGGGGAAAAGGACAGAGGCCCAGGCAUCAGCCUCAAGAAGGAGAAGAGAAACCUGCCCCCCUUGCCCUCGCUGCCUCCCCCUCCCCCACCGCUGCCCUCCUCCCCUCCUCCCACUUCCGUGAAUAGAAGACUGUGGACUGGGAGACAGAGACCCAGUGCUGACCACAG